AUGACGCCUCACAGCCGCUACACGGGGCAGGCCUCCGACGGGUUCGCCAGCAACAGAGACCGCACCAGUGGCCGCAGAAGCCCAAACCGUGCUGGACAAGCUUCUGGCCGGGCCCAAGCCAACACAGCCUCGUCUUCCAGAGAGCAUCAGCAUGACGAGUACAGCCCGGCAUACGAUCCUGUCUACAGAGAGGUCGCCCGUCCCCCCCGCGACGACUACAGGCGUCUACAACGCGUAAUCAACAAUCCCGCUUUGGAGCCCAUGCACCUGAGAUCGGCGCACCGUGAGCCAUACCCAGAUAGCCGAUACUACCCACACGGCCACGGCGGCGGGCAUGCGCAUGCGCAUGCGAAUGGCGGAAAUGUCCUUGGCUAUCCGUCGGCCAGCAUCCACGCUCCACCAGCACCAGCACCAGCACCACAGGCGAGCCAAUUGCAGCAGCCGCCCGAGAGCGUCCAGACCGAGCGUUCGCGGUACCCUGCUCCCCAUGCAAACACCUCUUCUCGUCAAGUGCACGAGCACGAUUAUUCCCCGCCAUACCAUGGCAUUUGGGGCGUGCGACGGGAUGGCCGCGUCUACGACUACGACGACACGUUCCAGGAGUACAGGGCGCGUGGACACGACGAGCGGGAGGGUGCAUCUGACGACAACGAAAGCGACGGGUAUUACCGCGUGAGAAGCCAUGCUUCUCACUAUUGA